AUGUAUCUUCUGUUUGACCACAAGCAUAGGCUCGGACUUCCUGGCAGUUCUCCCAUUGUGAUUCAGGAAGAUGUGCAAGAACCUAGUGGAAAUUGGAUAAGAUCUUCAGACUCUGAGUUGGUGGCUGAUGGAGAAGAUGAGGGUGAUGAAGUGGUAUUUCAAAAUGUAUAUCCAGCUUUUCAAGCUCGGAGUGCAAGUGCACCUGCAGAACCUAGUGUAAGCUCUCGUGCAGGACCUAGUGGAAGCUCUCCUACUACCCAUGUUUUGGUCCCGAAUGUAGAGCCUAAUGAGGAGUGA